AUGGCAGCAGCGUGUGCAAAGCGUGAGAAAAGUGCGAGGUGUGGGAGACGAGGGCGCACAGAAGCGUGUUUGGACGGCUCCUACCCAAAGGGGACGCUUCCAGGUGGUGAGGCGGGGCAGAACAAAUCUCGAGGCGCGCCAAGAUUGGAAACCCAGGGCAGGCGCAAGUGGGUGGUCGCUGUGGUCGCUGUGGUCGCUGUGGUCGCGCGGUCCAGCCCUGGAGCGGCUUCCAGUGUGGGAGUCGAGCUCAAAUUCGCCGAUGACGAUGCCGAGAAGGCCUCUUUUGGCGUGCAGCAGCGCUCCAAGCCGAACUGGCAAUGGCGGCACGGCGUGCUGCGUGUGGAGCUACGGGGGCUGCUAGUGAGGGGACAGCCGAACGAGACGUGGCUGCAGUGA